AUGUUUGCUAACAAUAUAACUACAACUUCUCUAUUUAAUAGACCUAAUAAUAAUAAUAAUAAUAAUAAUAAUACUAAUAACAACAACAACAAUAAUAAUAAUAAUACUUACUCUUUAAUGGACAAGAUUAAAUCCAGAAUUAUAAUACCAUAUGUUUCUAGUGAUAAAAUUAAAAAUGGUUACAAGAAUGGAGGUUUCUUAUUUCUAAAAACAAAACGUUUAAUUGCUAAUACCAAAAAGAAAAAUCCUAAUAGUGCCAAUAAUGAUAAAGAAAUUAAUAUAUUUGAUGUAGAUGUGGAAUUAAAACAAAAAAAAAUAAUAACAAAAAAUGACUUAAUUCAAUAUAACAUUAAAAAAACAGGUCUUAUAAAAAAAAAUGAUACCGUCCAUAUUAGCAACGGAACAGCUAAAAAUAACGUUAAUGGUGAUGCAAAUGAACAUUUUAAUGCUCAUAAUACUGAUAGAAAUGUAUGGCUAUAUGAUAAAUAUGUUUUUUAA